AUUCAGAUGCUGCUCAAUGAAACAGACGGUGCGCCCGGACUCUUCUGACAGCGAAUGGAAAAUCACACGCGCUUCAACUUCACUACGUCCAGUCACCAACUCUAGUAUCUCUUGCCCGUGAUUGAGUUCAUUUACGAGCGCCAGAAAAGGACUGAAUAGAGUUUCGUGCAUAUUUACAAGGGCUUUACUUAAAUCAUCACGGACAGGAAAACACGCGUGCUGUGUUUUCGCUCAUCGGGACGCUCGCGCUCAAACAUCCACAUUCACUCAUAGCCGGUUAUUCAGCCGCGUUUGCGCAAACUCCACUGGCUGCUAAAAGGCUUCAUAACAGCAACCGAUCCUGCUAAAGCAGUCUUUAACACCCCUUGAAACUCGGCGGACAGGACAAGACGAGCAGACGCAAACACGAUGCAGCAUCCCCUGACGGGCGGAACGUGCGUCGCCCUGCCAAACGUGGACAUGUGUCCUCAGCUCUCCUGUGCCUUGACUUUCAUGUACUUACAGCAGGGUAAUCAAGAAGCCCCAGCACCCCCAGAAACCAUGGCCCAGCCUUACCCAUCAGCCCAGUUCGCUCCCCCUCAGAACGGCAUUCCUGCUGAGUACACGCCGUCCCACCCUCACCCGACUCCAGACUACCCGGGCCAGACCCCCGUGGCAGAGCACACGCUGAACAUGUACACCCCUGCCCAGACGCACAGUGAGCCCAGUGGACCAGACAACAGCAUACAGGCGGUCUCCGGCACAGCCACACAGACAGACGAUUCAGCACAGACGGACUGCCAACAGCAAACACAGUCACAGGCCCUCGUGUUGAGGGAAGAACACAAAUCGCAGCCCAAGAGGCUCCACGUCUCCAACAUCCCCUUCAGGUUCAGAGAUCCAGACCUCAGGCAAAUGUUUGGCCAAUUUGGUAAAAUCUUAGAUGUUGAAAUCAUAUUUAAUGAACGAGGAUCAAAGGGUUUUGGUUUCGUAACUUUCGAAAAUAGUGCCGAUGCGGACAGGGCCAGAGAGAAAUUACACGGCACGGUGGUAGAAGGUCGUAAAAUAGAGGUUAACAAUGCAACAGCACGGGUAAUGACGAAUAAAAAGGCCGUCAACCCAUAUGCAAACGGCUGGAAGUUGAAUCCAGUCAUGGGUGCAGUCUACAGUCCAGAAUUCUAUGCAGUGCCAGGCUUCCCAUACCCAGCAGCCACGGCGGCGGCAGCGGCAGCGUACAGAGGGGCACACUUAAGAGGAAGAGGGCGCACCGUCUACAAUACGUUCCGGGCAGCCGCGCCUCCCCCACACAUCCCAGCAUAUGGGGGUGUUGUUUACCAGGAUGGAUUUUAUGGUGCAGAUAUUUAUGGUGGUUACGCUGCCUACCGAUACACUCAGCCUGCUACUGCUACCGCCGCUGCCUACAGUGACAGAAAUCAUUUCGUCUUCGUUGCAGCAGAUGAAAUUUCUUGUAACACCUCCUCAGUUACGGACGAGUUUAUGCUGCCGACCCCUACAACCACGCACUUGCUCCAGCAGCCGCAUACAGCGUUGGUGCCAUGAAUGCUUUCGCUCCCUUGACUGAUGGCAAGACCAGAAGCCACGCCGACGAUGUGGGUCUCGUUCUUUCUUCUUUGCAGGCUAGUAUAUACCGAGGUGGAUACAGUCGUUUCGCGCCAUACUAAAAAAAAACAAAAAACCUUUCAAAAUCUAUUGAGAAUCUUCCUGUGGGGGUAACGGAGGAGUAAUUCAGAGGCCUGGGUAUUGCAAUACAUGCAGUAGUGCAUCAUUUUAGCAUCUCUUAAGAGAGAGAAGACAAAAACUGAUAUUUUUCAUCUUAUACCUCAGAUAUUUUGUGCUGUGUAUUUUAAUAUUGUGGGUUUUUAAUUUCUAAAGAUUACAUAGAUUGUUGGCUGUAGAGGUUUCUGUGGUGAUCUAGAGAGCUGCUAGAUUUUAAAAAGAUGAAGAAAAAAAAAAGAAUAAGAUACAAAUUGUUAGGGCUUUAUCAUGUAAAUGAGUUAUGUAUGAUAAAUAUUCAAGUCACUUCGGGGUUAUCAUAUUUUGUAAGAGUGUAAGUGACUUAAGUCGUCCAGUGGUUUCUGCUUCCGUUUGACAUCGCCUUUCGUCUUUCUUUUGGUUUCUUUUGUUUCUGGGUUCUGUGCCGUAAAGGAAGAGUGCGCAGGGGAUUGUGGGUAGGAGUAGAUACGGGCGUGGUGGGCCAAAGACCGGGGGCUGUCCCCCGAAGUGCAGUGAAGAUACAGAGCCGGUCAAAGAGACCACUGAGGUAUCAGUUAUUUAAGCUGUCUUAUAUCAGUCAUUACUCAAAGCCAAAGGUUAUGUUCCUGGGGUGUUCAGUGUGUAUAUUCAGACUAUACAUAGCAGCUCGUAGAAACUCCCCAAAAAUUCACCACGAUAGUAUUUUACUGUUUAACUAUUAUCUAGUCCUUAAGUCAGACCCACACUAGUUUAGGCCUACCACGAGAUGUUCUUUUUAUAUUACGGUACUUCCAGUACGUCGAUUGAUAUAAAUGCUGACUUUUAUAAUAAGGGAGAGACGAAACACAAAAAAAUAAAAAAAACAGACGUUGGCGGUAGUGCCGGUUACGUUUAUCUUCUUUUUUUUCUGCUUUGUUUUGGUUCAUUUUUUUAUUUUUUCUCAGAAGUUAAGAAACUCUGAUUAUUUGUAUAAGACGAGAGUGGGGGAAAAAAUAAACUAACAGUGUAUUCGAUUUGAUCUGUGCAGUGAAAAUGUUCUCUUAUACGAAAAACACAACUGUAUAAUGUUUUAGAUUUAGUGUGGUAGACCAACUGUUAGAGAAAGGUGUCUCAUUUUUUAUGGAAUCAUACACAGAUUUAUAUCAACACUUUACAAGUAAUGCAAUCAUUAUGUAGAUAUAAUCAUAGUAUUUUUGUCAACUGUACAUUUUUGCACACACACAACCUGCAAUUUUUCCAUCACUACUACUACUUCUUCUCAAUUGUGGGACGUUCUGUUGUCUGUUCUCCUUUGGUUCUCUGCUUCUUUCGAGUGUUUCGUUUUGAUAUCAUUUUUAAUGUGACAUCCUUUGUACUAUUAUUUUCUAGAACACAGCCUUUACACUUUGAAACUGUUUGAUUAUCGAGAAACUGAGAAAUAUAUGACUUGUGAAAAAGAUAUCUAUAUGUAAAUAGGAAUAAUGAUAACUAUGUCAUUUACAAGUGCUACACAAACAAGCUGUCGAGGUGUUCUUGAAGAGUCGCAGCUUGGCUGUGCAUACGCGAAGACUUCCCUUCAUGUUGUUUACAAGUAUACCUAAUUAGAGGUGUUUGUCACAUAUCUCAUUUUUUCUUUCUUUUGUAUUUAUAAAAGUUUCAAUUGCAUAAAAUACAAAACAAAAGAGCAGCUCCAGUUUAUCCGGCUGCAAAUAUCCUCUUGUGUACUGUGUGCAUCACAUCACACAACUUGGCAAAAAUAUCUUACCCACUGCUGUGAUUCUGCUCUUUCUGCUUUAAGUACGUGUUGUGGACCGGCUUUCUCCUUGUCAUUGUAUGUGCAUGCACUAUGAUCUGCAUAACAAUAACCAUCAAUAAAGUUUCUCAAGAUAACGGGAA